CUUUGACAUCCAUCCAGCGUGUUUCGAUCUAAUCUAACCUCAAAGCUGACCAACAAUUUUAACCUCAAAAUAGUCACAAAUAAACAAGGUGUUUAUAUCAAACACACUAAAGUGUAUGUGAUUUAAAAAAUUUAAUAUAAGCUUUCAAAUUAGUGUAUACAAUGGGAAAACGCAAAGGAAAAUCAGUAAGGAAAAACACUGUGACGAAACAGUCUACAGAGCCAGAAAAUUUAGUAAAAGCGCCGCACUCUUUUGUAAUACAUCGAGGAAAAUGUUCGAAAGAUCUCACAGAUUUGACGAAAGAUUUCAGGAAAAUCAUGGAACCGUUCACAGCUUCACAGCUCAAAGAGAGAAAGAAAAACACUAUAAAAGAUUUUUUGUCUGUGUCGGGCUACCUGCACGUGUCACACAUGAUGGUGUUCACCGAGACAGAGCUGGGGUCCUACAUGAGGCUGGCUCGACUGCCUCGAGGACCCACACUUACUUUCCGCAUACACAAUUACUCUCUUGCCCGAGAUGUGAUAUCAGCGCUCCGCAAGCAGUAUGUAAUAGAGCGUGCCUUUAAAAAUGCCCCACUGAUCGUAUUGAACAGCUUCUCAGGCGAAGGAAUGCACAUGAAAUUAAUGGCUACAAUGUUCCAAAAUAUGUUCCCCACGAUAAAUAUUACAACUGUAAAACUAAAAAACAUUCGCCGAUGUGUUCUCAUGAACUACAAUCCAUCAACAAAGCUCAUAGAUAUGAGGCACUACGUCAUCAGGGCGACGCCCGUCGGACUUAAUAAAGGAACUAAAAAGAUGGUGCAAGGUAAAAUACCAAAUUUAAAUCGGUGUAAGGAUAUGUCGGAGUUCUUUGAUAAAGCGGCGCUACUGUCGGAAAGCGAAUUUGAAGACGACGGCAAUCAGGUGGAGCUCCCACAGACCCUGAGCUCGCGCGGGGCGGCGGCUCGGUCUCGCUCUGCGCUGCGUCUCGUAGAACUGGGCCCACGUCUGCAGCUACAGCUUAUUAAGGUUGAAGACGGUCUUAUGGAUGGCGAAGUUCUAUUCCAUGAGCUCGUUGAAAAAACGGAAGAAGAAAAGGCAUUAAUAAAGAAGAAACGUGAAGAAAAGAGGCGACUCAAAGAAAAGCGUAAAGCGCAACAAGCGGAAAACGUUAAGAGGAAAGAACAGGAGAAGGAAGAAUUGAAACAGAAGGCAUUGGAAGGGAUUAAAAAGAAAAAAGAGUUGACUGAAAAUCAAAGGCUAAUGGAACUGGCAGCGGCAGAGAGUCAAGACAUGUCGGUGGAGCAGGACGAAGAUGACGCUGAUUACUACCGGGAGGAAGUAGGGGAGGAGCCCGAGCAAGAUCUCUUCAGUCAGAAUCCAUCAAGGAAACGAAAGGCAGAAGGUGAUGGUGACGUCCGAGGAUUUAAGAAGAUGAGAUUAGACAAAAAGUUGAAAAAGAAAUACCAAAAUAACGAAGAAACUGGACAAAAUCGGCAUAAAAAUGGUAAAAGAAAUUACCAGAGCAGAGACGGUGGGAAAACCUUUAAGCGCCACGCCUCAAACUCAUAUGACCAAGAUGGUAAAUUUGAUAACAAAAAAAGGAAUAAUAAUCAAUCCGGUAAAUCCAAGAAAGUGUUUGGUGGGAAGUUCAAUAAAAUGAACAAGGCUGGUAAAGGGAGACCGGCGAAAGGUGGAAAAGGCAAGGGAAAGUCUAGAAAGUAGUAUUUGUAAAUAAAAAUAUGAUAAUAUUUUCGUAUACUGUGUAAAAUAUAUUGUUUAAGAUAA